GCCGUCGUCGGAGCCUCAGACGGAGCGUGGUGCGUGUGCAGGUCGGAUGUGAGCGACGUCCAACUCCAGAAGACGCUGGACUACGCGUGCGGAGCCGGGGCGGACUGCGCAACCAUCCAGCAAGGGGGAGCCUGCUUCAACCCGAACACCGUGAGGGCCCACUGCUCCUACGCUGCCAACAGCUACUUCCAGAGGAAAGGCCAGUCUCAGCAAGCCUGCGACUUCUCUGGGACCGCCACCCUCACUAACCAAGACCCAAGUAGCGGGAGUGGCUGUGCUUACCCUGCUAGUUCGAGUGCUGCAGGCUCCAGCGGCAGCGGCAGCAGCACGAACACACCGGCAACGGGCACAGGCAGCAGCACGAACACACCGGCAACGGGCACAGGCAGCAGCACAGGGUCAUCCAGUACUACAACUGUACCAGGCUCAACCACGCCGAGCACCAUGACUCCAACCACUACUGGCACCGGCAGCAACGGACUUGGAGGCGGAGGAGUCCUUGGUGGGCUAGGCCCAUCUGGCAACACCAUCAGCACUGACGCGAGCCAUGCUGGGCCUUCUGAGAUGGGCCUAAUGGGCCCUCUCCUUGUCCUCAUGCUGUCAAUAUUCAUGGUUUGACGGUGGUGUGAAGAGUUGAGAGGGGUUUUACUGCUUGGUCUUGUAUUGCAUGUGGAGGUUUAGAUUAGGUUGAGGACUGUGAUUUUUGGGGUGUCAUAUAUUUUGGCCAGUUAACUUGUGGGGUUGUAGUCUAAUGUGGGAGUACUACAUACUGAUGGUCUGUAGCUGCUGAUGAGAUUAUGCGUUGCUGAUAUUGUAAUUUUAUGUUCAUCAAAUCGUCGGAACUUGUCUCAGUUUGAUGCCA